CAGGGUAAGAAACAGAGACAAAACAAACUAAAUAAAUAAAAAUAAAAAAAACAUGAUGUAUGAUUCACAAAUCAAUAAAGUAUUUGUCCAAAACAAAGUCAGUUUUCAGAGCCGUCUUGCUCUUAAGUCCUUUAAUAGAAGUGCAGUAUUGCUCCAGUUCCUGUAGAAAGUGAACAAAAGUGGGUUUGGAGUCAGAACAUUUCUUCUUAUGUAUGUGAAACUUCCCUAAAAACAGAAGUAACUGUACAAAAAAACUCAAGUCCUGGCUGCAUACGGCGUGUUCGUAGCGCGUCUUGGAAUUACCGAGGAGUACCUGAAGGCAGCAGAUCCUAGAAAUGGCUGCUGGUAGCCGGUAGGAGCAGACAGCAGCAUCAGCAGCAUCAUCCACACACAAUGACAUAAAACCACCUGCACCAGCAGAGAUUACUGUACGAAACGACGGGGAGGGAUAUCUCCAACACCAGAAAUGAGCCGCUUCUGCUCAGACAACAACAACUUCCCCUACGACAACAAUGUCCUGGUUCUGGACAUGGUGCUGGGCUCUCUGUGGGGAGUCCCUCAGCCCAUAAACUGGGACAACGUUGCCAAGCUAGUUCCAGGAUUCACUCCCAAGGAGUGUGCCCGUCGAUUCGAGGAGCUGAAGAGCACAGGGGGUUUUCCUCAUGUGGACAACCAAUGUAAUGCCUUGACAGAAGGAAGCCCCUCCCCUUCAGACGGCCUGACCACGCUGCUGGACACGGGAGAGACGGGGGAGACAGGGAGCAGCCAGACCAGCAGUAAAAUUACAGGAUCCAAAUCAACAGCCACGGGACGGGUCGGUGCUGUGGAGAAGAAAGAGAGAAGAGUUUCAGCAGAGGAGGACGACAAACCUCAGAAGCCACGAGAUCCCAACAUGGUCAUCCAUGUGUGUGAUGAGACCAAGAACCUGAAGCAGGACUUCACAUGUCCCAGAGAUCUUCUAGUCAAAGAGAUGCGCUACUUCGCCGAGUACUUGUCGGUGGACGCCCAGCGCUGGGAGGAGGUGGACAUCUCCGUUCACUGCGACGUGCAGAUCUUCGACUGGCUCAUGAACUACGUCAGGAGGAACUCUGCUGGAGAGGGAAACAAGGACAAACCCCGCCUCGAGCCCAGCAAUGUGAUCUCAAUCCUGAUCUCCUCCGAGUUCUUGAAGAUGGAUACGUUAGUGGAGGAGUGCAUCCAGUACUGUCACAAACACAUGAGUGCCAUCGUGGCGACUCCCUGCAACAUGAACUGCAUCAACAGCAACCUGGCAACACGCAUUGCCGAACUCUUCAACCACAACGAGGCCGACGACAUCAGGGACAAAAAGGACAAGUUCAAAAGCAAGUUGUUUCAGAAGAAAAUUGAGCGUCUCUUCGAUCCCAGCUACCAGAGCAGAGAUUCACCGGGAAAUGCCUCGACUCUCUACAGGUGUGGUCUGUGCCUUAAACUGCUGACCAAAGACACAGAGAGGAAGAUUUCUUGUGUUCCAGGGAAAAUCAACAUCGACGCACGUGGAGAAAUCAUCUACACACACACUAGACAGAAGAGCUGGGACGUGCAUGAUUACAUCACCAGUUUGUAUGAGGAGCUCAAGUCCUGGGUUCUGGUCUACUGGAGAAUCUGGGGUACCAUCAACUUCCUCACCUGCUCCAGAUGCCAACAGGUGUUUGUGUGUGCAGAGCUGACCCACUGUAAGUACCACCCAGACAGUGUGCUGUACCCCGGCAUGGGGACUGAGAAAGGCUGGCAUGGUGCAGGAAUCUACCCCUGCUGCAACCAGAGGGUGCUCCGCUUUGACCCUUCUGGUAUGCCCAAGGGCUGUAAAAUGAGAGACCACAUAGUGAACGUACCUGAUGAAGAGACCUGUGACGAGGCGACCUCGGCCCAGACCAGAGUCCUUAAUGACCUGCUGCUGCACAGAGACGCAGUGUGUUUGUCCAACACGCCUCCUGCAGAGAGUACCGAGGAGAGUCCAUCCAGUGCAGAAAAAGUUCAGGACGGUGAAGUUCUCUUGGAGCCGACCCUGCUGGGACCUCUGAGAGGAGACGGCAGCACUUUUUCCCUUUUGAAAAACUGGAGUCUGCAACUGAGGCAGCAGUCUCUCCUGUCAGAGGAUGAGGAGUACACCACGGGGUCAGAGGUCACUGAGGAUGAGGUGGGGGACGAAGAGGAGCUGUCCAAGAAACAAGCUGCAAAGAAGGCCAAGAAGGCCCACAGACCUCUGAAAAAACAAAUGUCCUCUCCAAACUUCCAGCGUAAGGACAAAGCAGAGAAAUCACAGUCUAGGGACAACACACCUUUCAUAGUGAGUGUCCAGAAAAAUAAGUGGGACAGUUCUCGCUCCAUGCGAUACAACCAGGACCUUCAGAGAGAAGAAGACCAGCGUCGCAUGGUGGAGAUCGUUGGCUACCUGACUAAGAUGAGGUUUGGGGACCAGGAACAGAGCAAAUCUAAGGAUACUAAGGAGCCUGCAGGGGGAAUCUACUCCAGACUGGAAGCGCAAUUUAAGAGUGCCUCUCAAGUCAGGCAGAGUUCAGAGAAGACACCCAGAACUAAAAUACGCUACGCCCAGAUCAGGACCACAGAAAGGACUUGAUGGAGAAAAGGCUGCCGAGCUGUCUAAGAGACGAGCAUGAAAGCUGACAAAGAGCCGAUAAAGACUCCAGAGAACAGGGAGGAAGAGACGAGAUCUUUCUGUGAGAGCUCAGUACUACAAAAUAGCUUCCUGCUGGCAGCCCCUCAAGUAUGGCAACUACUUAUAACCCAGCUGUGGACUCUCCUCACCCUGACCCCCUCUCAGCUCCACUCCCUCCCUCUGUGCUUAACUCAGGUGACUAUGUAUGGAUCACCAUCAACCGCACCCCGUGUCACUCUACUUAUUUGUGCAGCUGCGAUGAGUCCUUGAGAAACAGGAUCUCUGGAUCUGAAGCUCGGCUCUUAGGAAAUGAACUGAUCAACCUCUCAGUGUGUCUUUAGGAUUUAGUUUUGGAGCUAGAGAAGUCGGGGCACUUCUACAAAGGACGACAUGAGAAAUGCAAGUUUAUUCUUUUCUGUCAUCUCACCUGAAGAUCUGAGUUAUUGGAUGCAGUAAACUCCUAAACACAUAUGGGACUGAAAAACUUCACAGAGAGAGAGAAGUGAUGCUAAAGGCCAGACAGGGAAUGAAAAGAGAGCAGUUUGUUUCAGUUAAAGUGCUGAUCACAGUACAUCAGCACAUUAAAGCAACUACAAGUGACUUUCAUUUGUGUUGAUUUUGGCGCCCCCCUGUGGCCAAAAGCAGAAAUGUUGCAGAGAUCUUGAUCUGGCUGGGCGUGCAUUUGUUUUGAAAGCAGUUAUUUUUAAUACUAUUUUGAUACUUUUUCUUUUUUAAACACAGCUGUUGGCAGGAUGCAUAGUGACGAAGUAAUCUAUUUAAAUAUAUCUAUUUGGAAACGUUAGAUUAACCCAUAAGAACCCAGACCCAGUAAUCCUUAAAGGAAAAUUAUGGGGGAUAUAUCACAGACCGAGUGGACACAUAAUGAUGUUUUAAAAAAAAAAAAAUACUACCCCUAAAUGUCAAAGAUCUGUGAUGUGACAUAUACGUUACAUUGGGUGUUUAUGGUAUUUAUGUUUAUGAUAUUUCUUAUUUUCAAAUACAAAAACUAGACACAUUUUCUGCUUACAGAAACACAAAUUUGCCUUUUUCUUUGCAUCUCCACAACAUUCAUCAAAAUUGUGACAUUAAUAGUGCUGUUUAACAAUACAUUUUUUGUCAGAUUUGUUUUUAAGUCACAAAAUAAGAAUAAAUCAAUAAUAAAUAAAAACAAACAACUAUUUCCUUUUUGUUUGCAUCUCCAUAACAUAUAUAAAAAAGUGUGACUUAAAUUUGUUCAGGAAAUAUGGUCAGUAACAAAAAUAAGCUUUUUGAAAUUAGGUACUUUUUCACAUUUCUGUUCUGAAUAUGGGAGAUUCUGGAAGAUUUAAAGUGUUUGUUACACGGGUGUCACCAUGGGUUCUUAUGGGUUAAUAACUAAUAUGACAAUAGUCCUUUUAAUAGUACUCCUCAAAUCCCACAAUCUGUUGAAUGGGCAUCCAAUUUUGAAGCUUGUUUUCGCCCGUAUUCUAUCACUGUCCUAUUUUUCUUUUCUUUUUUUUUCUUUGUUCUCCUGCCCCAGUGUCAGCCAUAGACAUUAAAAUAUAACAUCUCCUCCUGCUUUAACUGGCAAACAUACUACUCACUGUGAAACUUUGCCUGGGAAAAUGUAAACAUAAUUUUCUUUUCCACGGAGUUUCCACUCUAUUGAUGUAAUAAAAGUCUGCCGUUACGCUGGCUUUGCAUCUUCACUCUGAACCAAACAACAGCGUCAGUGUUUGAUUUUAGAAAGCAUGCCACCGAUCAGGAGCAAAGGAGCUUUAGUGAAUCAAUAACUUACUCUGACUGCUGCUUUGUCACUUUUUGACACACCUGUGCAUCACUAAACUGCAUGUAGUCUGCUAUACUGGCUGU